AUGGCACUGGAUAGUAUUUUAAUCAUCAAUAAGUCGGGAGGGCUUAUAUACCAUAGGAACUUCGAGGAUCCUAGGCAGCCGGCGAAGGAAAGUGACAUAAGUAAGAUGAAUAGCAAUGACUACUUGAUCCUUGCGAGUACAUUACACGGUGUGUUUGCGAUCGCAACGCAAUUGACGCCCACUGCAGUGCAGCUUAAAGCUAACAGCAGUGCGAGCGGUAGUGAUGCUAGUGCUAGAGAGAUGGACAGUGUGAAGUCUGAAGAGUACAGUACUGUGAGCAGUAUCAGUAACAGCUCAAUUGCUAGUGCCACUGGUGGUGCUGGCGGUGUGUCUAAUACUGCAAAGGUCCCUGGACCCGGUGCGCCAGGACCUAACAAAGCAGCUGCAAACAUAUUGAAUCAGGGCCACCGACACUUAGGCAGUGUUAGCAGUGGUAAGAAAGAUGGGAACAACGGUAGAGCACAGAUAAGUAACCUGACGCCGUACAUACCCUAUGUAGGUAUGCCACACAACAACAUCGCCAGUGGUGGUAACUCCAGCGCGAAUAGUCCGAUGGAUAUGGGUAGUUUCAAGGGUGACGACUUCUUUAAAGAGCCAUUUGUUAGUUGGAAUACGAGUGGUAUAAGACAUAUGAGCACCGACCAGUUCACCAUGUUUAUAUAUCAGACCAUGACGGGACUAAAAUUCGUCGCCAUAAAGAAUAACCAAGUAGUCGGGUCGCCUAGCUCAAAUACAACUGACAUUGUGGGAGGGAUACAUCUUGCAGACAACUUGCUGCGCAAAGUGUACUGCUUAUACAGCGAUUAUGUGAUGAAGGAUCCAUUCUAUUCACUAGAAAUGCCCAUCAAGUCGACUACAUUCGAUGAAAAACUCCAGCAGAUGAUACAGAACAUGAACUGGUGA